AUGGAUAACGAGGCGGCUACAUGGAAGAGAUUGGUAGCAUAUGUGGAGGAGAAUAAGGUGGAUUGUGAUCUGUGGGUCGGUGACACACUUGAUGUACCCGUGGAUGAAGAGGUCGCCAAAGCCCUAAAAGAGAUGUUUGAGAGAUACCAAAGAGCUGGCGGGAAGACAGACCAUAUCAAGGUCACAAACGAUCCCAAAGAAGCGGCUAGAUUAUCAAAGAUCAAAUCUGCCAAAGCGUGCUACGCGUGGAAGGCGUCUACGUUGCAGCCCUGGAAGCUCACAGCACACAUAAUGCGAGACAAUAUCGAGAAGGGCACAAAUCUGCAAACGCAUACGAUGGUAAAGACAGUUUCCAAGAGCGAGACCGGUUCACGAAAGUGGACUGUCCAUACAGAACGUGGAGAUAUUGCAUGCGACACAGUCGUCCAUGCUACGAACGGGUACAGUGCCGCGCUAGAGCCUUCACUGCAAGGGAUAAUCACACCGAAACCACACAUAUGUGAUCAAUUUGUGCCCCCGCGCUCGCUGUGUGGCUCAGAAGCUCUGCAAAACUCGUACGGCGUGCUGCUACCCAACGGAGGUUUCUUUAGUAUCAACUCGCGCUGUACUUCAGACGGCAACAUCAUGUUUGGUGGUUCAAAUCCAGGGCAAAAAAAGCUGGACGAAUGGGCUAAGCAAAGCUCUGAGCGUUGCGUCGACGAUAGCCUUGCGAAUCUCGAAUCGGUUACGAAAGAGGCACGAUCGUUCGUUGAAAGCGAGUUGCUCAGUGAAGAAAAGGCUGAAUACGGGCCCGGGGAAGGCUUUCAGUAUAGCUGGAGUGGUAUCAUCGGUUUGAGCGCUGAUGGCGUGCCGUUUGUUGGUGAGCUGCCAGGCAAGCCAGGACAGUGGAUAUGUGCUGGACAUCAUGGACAGUGA